ACAAAUUAAAGAAACUUUGAUUCUUCUCUCCUCGUCUCGGUCUCCGCUCUAACAUCCAGACUCAGAGAGCGGGAAAGUUUCUGCCUCCGUCUCACUCAGGCUCAGUUUGUCGGGGCCGCUCUCUUGUUUCCUGUUAAUAACCUUGUUAUGAUCUGACCUCACAGCUACGUCAUGGCGGCGGCGGCCGGUGUCUCCCGCUCUGCAUCAAGAGGUCGGUCCUUUGAGGAUUAUUCUAUCUACGGUACUCUGAGUGACGACGAGCUGCUGCAGCUCGCCAUCGAGCGCAGCCUGACCGACCUCAACGACGCCACCACAACCAACGAUGCCAACGACGCCACCAAGACCGCCCCCGUCCUCGCCGCCAGUCCUCCUCGCCCACCUGACGCCGCAAACGCCAACGCAAACGCCAACAAUCCACACCAAUGCCCCCACAAUCCACCCCCAACUGUGGCCCCGGUUCACUACAGCUCGCCAUACCCCCCGAGUGAAUUACCUCCUGAUCUGAAGACGUUCAAAGGGUCCGUCAGUCACUUCAUCACGGGUACAGGAAAGAGGAUGGUGGCGUAUCGCAGUCAUGAAGGCUCUCUGGUCCACAUCUGUCCAGAACCUGAUGAGGAGGAGGAGCCUCUGUUUGAAGCCAUUCGUGUUGGUGACGCAAAAAAAGUGAGAGAGUUGGCGACGCAAUCAGAAACAAACCUGAUGCUGCCGAGUAAACCUGGCUGGCUCGCCAUUCACCAGGCUGCCUGGUACGGCCAGGAGACCUGUCUGAAAGUGCUGCUGUCAGCUCAGCCCGGGAUGAUCAACAAGAGAACCGAGAGCGGGGAGACAGCGCUGCUGGUCGCCGUCAGCAAAGGUCGACUGAACUGUGUUAACAUGCUGUUGGAAUACGGAGCAGAUGUUGACAUUGCUAACCACGAACCAGAGACCCCCCUCUACAAAGCUUGUGAGCGGAGCAGCGCUGCUGUAGUUGCAGCAUUGUUAAACCACGGUGCAGCAGUAAACACUCGCUGUAUCCUGGGCUGGACGGCGCUGCAGGAGGCCGUGUGUCGGAACAACCUGGAGAUCUGUGACAUGUUAAUGAAGGCCGGCGCCAAACACAACGUGAAAAACACGUACGGCAUCUCACCGCUAUUCACCGCCGCUCAGAGCGGGCAGCUCGCCGCACUGCGCUUCCUCCUCAAACACGGUGCAGAUAUUAACAGUCAGGCUCCUGAUGGAGCCACUGCGCUGUAUGAAGCUGCUAAAAACGGACAUGAGAAAGUAGUGGAGCUCCUCGUUUCUCAGAAAGCUGACGCCAACAAACCUGGAAAGACGGGAUUAUUACCUAUACACAUAGCCGCCCAGAUAGGAAGUGUAAACAUCGUCCGCAUGUUGAUGGGGGCCACAAGUAAGGCAAGAGUCUGGCGAACUGGCAUCAGCCCGCUCCACCUCGCCGCUGAGCGAAACCGCGAUGACGUCCUGGAGGCUCUGAUCGAGGCGGGCUACGACGUAAACGCGACGCUGUCUGAAGAGCGGUCGAGGCUGUACGAGGACCGCCGCAGCACGGCGCUCUACUUCUCCGUCAUCAACAACAACAUCGACGCCGUGCGCAUGCUGCUCGCGGCCGGCGCGAACCCAAACCUGGACGUGUUCAGGACCCUGAUGGUGGCGGCGAGGAUGGGCUGUAUCGAAACCCUCACCCUGCUGGUGGAGCAUGGCGCCGACAUCAACGCCUCCAUCCCGACGCACCCCACCACCUUCCCUGCCGUCUACAUGUUCUCUAUGAAGUACCUGAGCCUGUUCAAGUACCUGCUGGACAACGGAGGCCACGCCCUCCCCUGCUUUGACUGUUUCUAUGGCAACAAACCUCAUCCGCCAAUCAGAACCACCCGAUCACAGACACAAGAGAUGAUCUACAGUGACAGAGGUCUGCCACAGCCACAGGGGACGAGAGGCGUUCAGUUUUGCGAGAUGAUCUCAGCCCCCAAUAUCUCCCGGUGGGCGGGGCCAAUCAUUGACAUCCUGUUGGACUACGUUGGUAAUGUGACCCUCUGCUCCAAACUGAUGGAACAUCUGGACAGUUACCCUGACUGGAGUGGCAUCAAGGAAAAAGCAGCACCUCCGCGGCCGUUAAUCCAGCUCUGUCGGCUUGAGAUUCAUCAGUUGGUCGGGCGUCGUAGGCUGAAGAGGUUGCCGUUGCCAGGAGGUCUGAUCCGCUUUCUGUCACACGACUAUGGAACUGUGGACGAGCCGUGAACAACAUGAGACUUUAAAGCAGUUUGUUACGUCAACUCAAGAGAAAGAAGAAUUAGUUUUUUAUCACUUCUGAUUGCUCUCAGCUGCUUUCUGUUAGAUAUCAAGCGCUAAGAGCAAUGAACAAUCUGUUAGUUAUUGAAGGCUGGGCUGGAAGUUUUUAUAAAGAGAGAACAAUAUUUGGACUGUUUUCAUGAAAUUCCUUGUGUAUCGAUUAUUUUUUCUUAUUUUUACGCUGUUUUCAUAGAUAGUGUGUGCAUUUUUCUGAGUUUCUAAUGUGUUCAUGUCAAACUGUUUUUUAGACUUAAGAAACAUUUGACAACUUUUCAAUUCUCAGAGAAGAAAACACUCAGAAGAAGAAUCAAUAAAAUGCAGAGAAUAAAUGAUUGUCUGCGCAUGUGAGGGUUUUCUGAUUAACUAUCAUAAUGGCAACUUUGUUAGAAACUUCAAACAUUCGGCCGAGAAGCUGAUCUAAAUUACUUUCAAUAGUGAGAAGCUGAAUCAGUAUAUACAGUAUAGACAGAUUUCACUGUGCAGUGAAAAGCUUUCUGGCAGGUGAACAGACAAAAACAUUUGAACAGGUAAACAGAGAUGUGAUGAAAGGCAAGCAGGUGAGCAGGUUAUAAAUAGUAAUGGGGGUCGGGGAUUUGUUGACACACUCUACGAUAUUGUUCUGACCAGCAUAUCUUCCAGAUAUCACUGGACUGAAACUUCAUUCCUGCUAUCCACAAAUCUUCCACAGGGGAACCAGUCCCAAAGAUCACUAAUCCUAAGAAACUGAAUAACUUUAGACCGGUUGCACUAACAUCAGUCGUUAUGAAAACCUUAGAAAAGGGCAGGACACUGAACCCCAAACUGCUCCUGCUGAGAGAGGGUCC